AUGAAGGAGACGUGCCGCAUCUGCGGGCGGGAGCUGUGCGGCAACCAGCGGCGAUGGAUCUUCCACACGGCGGCCAGGCUGAACCUGCAGGUGCUGCUGUCGCACGUGCUGGGCAGGGAGCUGUGCCGCGACGGGCGGGCCGAGUUCGCCUGCGGCAAGUGCGCCUUCAUGCUGGACCGCGUGUACCGCUUCGACACGGUCAUCGCGCGCAUCGAGGCGCUCUCCCUGGAGCGCCUGCACAAGCUGCUGCUGGAGAAGGACCGCCUCAAGUUCUGCAUCGCCAGCAUGUACCGCAGGAACAACGAGGAGCCCGCCGCGGAGGACAAGGCCGGCGGCGGCACCGUGGACCUCUCCAUGCUGCCCGACGCUCGCUACGCCGCCCUCCUUCAGGAGGACUUCGUGGCCCGGAGCAUCUCGUGCGGGCCGUCCGGGCGGUGGUCGGCGAGCGCGGGCAACGAGGAGGCGUCCGUGGGCGACGCCGCGGAGCUGGCCGGCGCCCGGGCGCCGCUGGACGGGGAGAGCAUGGAGGAGGGAACGCCCGCGUCCUCCAUGGAGUCGCUGGACACCACGGUGGAGGCGAGCCCUCCGCAGCACAGGGACGACGAGGCGGAGAAGGGCGCCAAGGGGAGCGGGAAGGGCGACGACUUCUCGGACGACCGCCUGACGCCGAGCUCCUCGCUGAGCGGGAAUAGGCUGGAGCUGGCCCUUAGCAUGAUCAAGGCCUUGGACUACAAACCUGUUCGGAGCCCCAAGGGCAGCAAGCUGCCUAUCCCUGUGAAAUCCGCCUUGCCGCCUCCGAGGCUGAGCUGCGACUCGGCGGAUGGAAGUGCUUCUGCUGGCUUGAUGGAUGCUGGCUCUGGUUUCCUCAGUGCAGACAGGAAAUCCCUUUCCAGAGCUCACUUGGGUCUUCCCUUGGAGAUUGCUGACUUGCAGGAGCUGUGGGACGACCUCUGUGAGGAUUACGUGCCGCUCCGGGUACAGAAUCGCCCAGAUGACCACGAGCAGCCAGCUGCAGGCGAGCCCGCAGCCGCAGAGCGUCUCCCUGGUGCGCACGCUGCGGAGCUGCAGGGCAAAGUCCAGCAGCUUGAUGCCACCAACAAGUUGCUGCAGGAAAAACUGAAUGAAUUGAACUUUGAAUUGAAGUCUGUCCAAGAAACAUCGCAGAGACAAGACCGUACAAUCCAGAGUCUGAAUGAGACCCUGAAGAGCAAGGAGAGCGAGACAGAAGAGCUGUACCAUGUCAUUGAGGGGCAGAACGAGACGAUGGCCAAGCUGCGAGACAUGUUGCACAGGAGCCAGCUUGGACAGUUGCAGGUGCCAGAGGGUGCAGCCUCACCCCAGCAGCAAAACCUGGCGCUACUGGAUCUUCAGAACACACUUUUCUGCACCCAGCUGGAAGUGCAGAAGUUGAAAACGGUUCAGCGUCAGAAAGAGCAUCAGUUGGCUGAGGCCAGGAGGGUGACCCAGCUCCUAGAAACGACAGUGCACGAGGAAGAGCAGCAAAAAGAGGCAACUUGGAAACACAACCAGGAGCUGCGUGCUGUGGUGCAGCAGCUGCAGGCAGAACUGCAGGACAAGGCUCAGCAGCUCCAGGCUGCAGAGUGGGAAAAAUGCUGCGAGCUGCAGGCCCAGGAACAGAAGGUUCAGCGUUUGAAUCAGCACCUGGCUCGCAAAGAACAACUUCUGCAGGAAUCAAGGGAACUUCUGCAAUGCCAGAAAAACCUGAACAAGAGCCCUGCAGCCAUGGAUGCCAUGCUGGAGAAACUGCAGCAGCGAGUCCGUGACAGGGAUGCUGCUCUGGAGCGAGCAGUAGAUGAAAAGUACUGUGCUCUGGAGAAGAAGGAGCAAGAGCUGCAGCAGCUCCGUGUCUCGGCCAGAGCGCGCGGUGAUGACCUGGAGCGGCUGCGGAGCGUUGUGUCCGGCAGCGAGGCCACCAUCCACAGCCUGGAGAGCCUCUUGAAAGCCAAAACCCUGGAGCUAGAGCAGGUGUCAGCAACCUGCCAAAACCUCCGCUGGCUCAAGGAGGAGACUGAGGAGAAAUCCUGCAAGAGGCAGAAGGAGCAGGAGGGGAUCAUCCAGCAGCUGCAAACCUGCCUGCACGAUAGGAACAAGGAAGUGGAGGAGCUCACAGCCACCCUGCUGUGCAAGCUGGGCCCGGGGCAGAGCGAGGUGGUGGAGGAGCUGUGCCUCCGUCUCCAGCGCAAGGAGAAGAUGCUGCAGGAUCUCCUUGCUGACAGGAACCGUCAGGUUAUGGAGCAUGAUGCUGAGAUCCGGGAGCUGCUGCAGGCUGUGGGCGCCAAGGAGCAGUGGAGCAGAGCAGCUGCUGAGAAGAUGGCACGUGCUUUGGCUGAAAGGAGCAGCGAGUUACAGCUUCUGCGCCAGCACUGGUCAGGGAAGGAGCCUCUUGCCACCUGGUCAGCUGGUGCCAGCCUGUUGAAGCAGGAUGAACAAGAAAUACUGCAGACUGCUUGUGGAGCUGCAGCCAGUGCUGCACCCCCGGAGAGGGACAGGAGCUGCGGGACAGAGGACGUCGCAACGUCAGCAGCAGAGUUGGAGAAGGAGCUUGUUAAUGCCAAAGAGGAGCUGGGGCUGAUGGCGAAGAAGGAGAGGGAAAGCAGGCGAGAGCUCACUGCUCUCCAGUCUGUUGUGGCCACCCAGGAGGAAGAGCUGCAGGUGCAGGCCUCAGAUAUCGAGUCCCUGACCAGGAACAUCCAGAUCAAAGAGGACCUCAUCAAGGAUCUGCAGAUGCAGCUGGUGGACCCUGAAGAAAUUCCAGCCGUGGAAAGGCUGACUCAAGAAGUGUUGGUGCUUCGGGAGAAAGUGACCGUAGCAGAAUCACGAGUGCAAGAGGCUACUGGAAACAGAAGGCAGCAGUUGUUACUGAUGCUGGAAGGGCUGGUGGCUGAAAGGAACCGGCUGAAUGAGGCUCUGCAGGCAGAGAGGCAGCUCUACAGCAGCCUGGUGAAGUUCCACACGCACCCGGACAGCACUGCGAGAGACCACACUCUGCAGGUGGAGCUGGAAGGGGUCCAGGAGCUCCGCGGACAGCUGGAAGAAGCUCUUGGAAGAAGCUUGGAGCGUUUGAGCAGGCUGGAGACGCAGGGCACCUUAGGAGGUCAGGCCACGGGGACGGGCGGUGACGGCACCAGCUUCACCACCAGCGCAGAGGAGGAGGCAGAGGCGAGCGGCCGCCGAGGCCCCAAGGAGGGCGCAGAGGGUGCCGUGGCGGAGCGGCAGGCGCGGGCGGAAGCAGAGCUGCGGGAGCUGCAAGCGCAGCUGGAGGAUGCCGGCUUCUCCUCUGUCUCCCACAUGAGGAAGGCGAUGCUGAGCCUGUGCCUGGAGAACGCGGAGCUGAAGGAGCGCAUGGGCGAAGCCACGUUGCUGCUGGACAGCGGGGAGCAGGAGGAGGCCGGCCCGGGCGGCGCCCCGACUCCUGAGCCCCGCAGGCUCCAGCGGAGGGGCCGCUGUGCCCUGGGUGACUGCCCUGCCGGCAGCGCCGCGAGGGACGGCCAGGGGCUCCCGGCGGAGAGGGGAGCGGUGCCCGCCAAGCGCCCCGCGCUCGAGGCACGGGCCUGGGACGAGGCGCCCAAGAGACCCUGCCCCAGCAGCCCGGGCAGCAGCCACGUAAGCAGCAGCGGCUGCAGCGGGGCGCGGGCGAGUGCGGCAGGACGCGCGGCGGGGCUCACCGCGGCUCCGCUCCCGCCGCAGGAGGGCCCGGCGCCCAGCGCGGAGCCACAGCGCGCCGGGCAGUGCCGGGAGCUGCAGGACAGGCUCGCCGCCUCGGAGGCCACGGUGCGGGCGCAGGCGGCGCAGCUGCACCACUACCACGUGCUGCUCCGCGAGCCCCGCGCCCAGCGGCUCAGCAAGCAGGUGCAGGUGGACGUGCAGGACCUGGGCUACGAGACGUGCGGGCGCAGUGAGACCGAGGCCGAGCGCGAUGAGACCACUAGCCCCGAGUGCGAGGAGCCCGACGUGUUCAGCGAGCCCAGCGUGGGCGGCGAGCUGGGGUCCCCGCGGUGGCUGGCGGCUGCCGAGGCCGCCCUCAAGGCCGUGCCCCCGCCGGACGUGGGCGCCCUGCACCGGCACGUGCAGGAGCUCAAGGCGCAGUUGCUCCACGCCAACAAGGUGAUCCAGAGCCUGCAGCGCCGGGCCCGCUCCGUGUCCGUCACCAGCGGCUACACGUCGGGCGCGGAGCGGCCGCCGGCGGGCCCCGCCGCCCUGGCUUCGCCGGCGCGCAGCCUCACCGACGAGGACGAGGGCUGGCAGUCGGACGGCGUGUGCCCGCCCGCCCUGCGCGCGCACCGCGACCUGCAGCGCCUGGUGCAGCGUGUGGCCCUCCUGGAGGCGCAGCUGCCCGCGGCCAAGCCCGGUGCCGUCUCGCCCAAGGAGCUGCAGUCGGCCACGUGGCCGGGGAAAUACGACUCGCUGGUGCAGGCGCAGGCGCGGGAGCUGUCGCACCUGCGGCAGGCGCUGCGCGAGGGCCACGGCGCCAGCCGCGCGCUGGCCCAGCACCUGCGCGCCGCCCUGCGCGCCUUCGAGGAGCUGCUGCGCGGCACCGACGUCGACUACUACCUGGGCCAGGGCUUCCGCGAGCGGCUGGCCCAGGGCCGCCAGCUGGCCGAGAGCCUCAGCGACAAGCUGAGCCCCCGAGAUCGGCAGGACGGGGAGGAUAAGAGCAGCCAUGAACUGCUGGUGCUGAGGCUCAGCCGGGAGCUCCAGGAGAAGGAGAAGGUGAUUGAGAGGCUGGAGGAGAAGCUGCAGGAGCGCUGCGAGUCACCGGGCAGCAGCCGCCCGCCCUCCGAGUCGUCCCGCUCCAUCACGAGCACCUCGUUCGUGUCGGAUGGGCUCGAGGCCGGCUCUGACGGCGACACGGCCAGCGAGUGCAGCCAGUGCCGGGAGGAGCCCGCCCGAGGAGCAGGCCUUCACUUUGACUCCUUGUCCAAGCCCGCUAGUGCCCCCCUGCCUGCGCUGCUCCCCAGCCUGCCCCCGUUUCUGCCCGCCGGGGCCGCCCCUGCCGCAGCGCCCGCGCUCCUGGGGUGCUGCGGGCCCCCUGGCUGCUCCCUGGCCGAGGCGCAGCAGGAACUGCAGGUGCUCCGGAGACAGCUGGGAGAAAGCGAGCACACGGGUGCGGCGCUGCCUGCCAAGCCCGCGGCGCCAGCGGGGCCCUGCGGAGCGGGCAGCAAUCCCGCCGGCUCCCGGUGCCCGCACGGGGCCCCGCAGGGCCCAGCCACGGCGCUCCAGCCCCACGGCCUCUGGGUCGCACCACCGCUCUGCGGCGCCUUGGCACCAGGACACCCCUCCAGCCAGAAGCUGACAGGGGCGGACCUCCUGGAGGAGCAUUUGCUGGAGAUCCGCGGCCUGCGGCAGCGCCUCGAGGAGUCCAUCUGCACCAACGACCGGCUGCGCGAGCAGCUCGAGCAGCGCCUGGCCUCCACGGGCAAGGCCAGCGGCUUUUCUGCCGACGCUUACACCCAGGGCCAGGAGCUGGCGUCCCGGCUGAGCAGCGAGAACCGGGCGCUGCGUGAGGAGAACCGGAGCCUGCGGCUCCAGCGCGACCACCUUUCCCAAGAGCUGGCACGGGUGCAGGAGGCGCUGCUGGCUGCCUGCUCGCGGGCACAGGAGGCCGAGGUAGAGGCCGGCCGGAGGCGCGGGGAGCAGCGGAGGCUGGCGGAUGAGCUUGCCAAGGGCCAGGAGAGCGUCCGGCAGCUCCGCGAUGAGCGGCUCGCUCUGCAGGAGGACAACAACAGGCUGCAGCACACGGUGACGCUGCUGCAGCAGCAGUGCGAGGAGCACCGCCUGCUCCUGCAGGCCCUGCACGCGGAGCUGCACGGCUACGAGAAGCUCCCCGGCCCCUCUGUGGGGACACGAGCAGGUUGCUUCCCCUCUCCUCCAGUGCGGGACGUUGGCACGAGCUCAGCAGUCCCCUUCUCCCCGCCACCUACAGGCACCUCAGGAGCCCCACAGAUGGACGAGCCGCGCAGAGCUGACCUGCCAGCACGGGAGAGCGAGGGGCCGACGGGCACCCACGUUGUUGGCCGCCUGGACACGCACCGGGCCCUGGAGCAGCGCGUGGUGGAGGGGAAAGCGCUGGCCCGCGAGCUCAUGGGCCUCAUGUGUCCCACGCUGGAGCCGCCCAGCCGCCCAGGCCAGGAGCCCCUGCUCCCAGCCCUUGUCCCGCAGGCGCAGGCGUGGGGCAGCGCGCGCCGCCUGCACCGCGCGCUGGACGAGUGCGCGUCUCUGCUGGGCGCCUUCUGGAGCGCCGCGCUGCCCGCCGGCGCUGCCCAGCACGCGGCCAAGGAGCAGGCGCUGCGGGGCGAGCUGGCGGCGCUGCGGGCGCAGCUGGCGGCGAGGGACGAAGCCCUGCAGCGCGCGGCGGCGCGGCUGCGCUGCACUGCCCGCCUCAAGGACAGCAUGGAGCGCUUCGUCGUGAGCCAGCUGACGAGGACCCACAACGUGCUGCGUAAGGCCAGAACCAACCUGGAGGUGAAGGCUCAGCAGGCGCUGCCCGUGGCGUGAGGCUGGUCUUGCUGCGAGCGCUGGAGCGUGUGCCCCCGCACCCGUCUGUGCCCUCCGUCCAGCUUCACCGGGCGGCACCGCCUCGCGCUUCGCCUGCCCCUCGCCCCUUCCGUGGGGCACAGCCCUCCCAGCCCAGCCCUUCUCC